UCUCUCUCUCUCUCUUUUUUCACGGCAUUUCCUCCAGCAAGAGGCGGGGAAGACGCUCGCGCUUCUGCUAGCGACUCAUGCAUAUGAUGAUUGCAAAGACCUCAAGGAGGAAUCAUCACUGACAUACUUUUUAGCAGCAAACGCAAGACAAGAAGCGAGCUGAGGUGGGAAAAAAAACAUGAAAUUAUAUUCUCAAAGCACCAUUAUUACAAAGACUUUGAAGAAAAUAAAGUGAGAAGAAAGAAAGGUUUUUAAUCAAUGGCCUCAGGCUUGUGUCUUUGAAAACGCCCAAAAAGACAGUCCAAAAUGAGCAUUCCAACUAGUUUAACAGGACUUGGUGUUAAUGUUGACAGAGCAGCGGACAAAGUCACAAACAAAGCUCGGAUUCAGUUCUCCCACACUGGGGAUGACAACGACAAUCGCUUGCCUUCUUUAAGUGAUGACAGAGAACAGUUAGAGGACACAGGGUACAAUAUGACCCCCCUCCCACCUUUGGUAUGUCAAAGUGAGUCCCAUGACAAGAUGAUGAUCUGGGGUUCUGAGCAGCAAUGCUCCCAUCCUGGGCUCAGAGAGAUAGAGCUUGUGGAAUGUCAGGAUAUACACAGGUUUCUGAGAAGCCCAGAGGAGGAGGAUGACGAGGAGGAUGAGGGGGGGAGCACAAAAGACGGCAAAGACGAGGGGCCAAUGUCAAUAUCCUCCAGUUCGACUGCCAGUUCUGCUUCCAUUGGGGUGAAAAGGAACGACAACGACAGCAACAAGGUGGAGAACAGAGCGCAGAGAGACAAAGAGGUGAUGGGAAAGAUUACCUGUAGUACAGAAGGACUGGACACUUGUGUGACAGGUUUAAACAAUGAAAUAAACACCAAGACAGGUGGAGGAGGGCUCAAGCAGUCCAAGUCUGAGACAAAUGUGUUUGUGUCAAAUCUAUCUACCCUUAAACUCAGUGGAAGUCUGUCCAGCGUCCUGGAUUCUCGUAGAGACGCUUUAAAUUGUCUGCCCAACUCCAAGACCAACCCCUAUUUGAAUGCCAACGACGCUACCUCAGCCCAGAGUUUGAGAAGGGCAGCUCCUUCAGACCACAAUCCUCCAGCGUUGUAUCAUCAAAAAAGACACGAGGAAGAGAGAAUCCAGUUCAGAAACGGAUCUUCUUCUGAAGGAGGUCUGGGCCAAAGAAGGAGGACCAGUUUUGACGAAAGGGUGCUACCACCGAAGCGGCAACAGCUUGUUCGACCUCUCUGUCAGACAGAGAUGGGAAGAGUCUCAAACUUAGAGUCUGGUGCACAGGAUGCUGAAAUUGGACAAUUUCCCUCUAACAAUACUGCCACAAUUUCACCCAGUCACACUGACAACGGGUCAAAUAGAAAACUUGCAAGAUCAUCUUUACGUGAACCCUCAGAUUUUUCACAUCUGUACAAUGCAUGUGGAGUCUUACAACCCAGACAACCCAACCGGGCAGUGCAGAAGGAGGUGUCACCGGUGGAGAGGCCGCCAGGGCCAGCUGCAGAGUCUACUUCAAAUCCCUGCAAGCCAUACACUAUGGAGAAGCGACCCCAGACUCAGUUCACCUACAGACGUAACUGUUCUAGUCCCAAAAGGACAUUCACACCUCCCCAAUCCCCUCUCAGGACACCCCAGGGCUCACCACAUAGACAAGCCUCAAUGUAUCUCAUAUCUAAGGAUACACAAAGAGGAGUUCAAAGCAGCCCUACUAUAAAGACACCAGCUCAGGACAAUGAAAGCAUUUCAGUGAGAGCACCAGUUAUAACCAACAUAACCCCGACUGAAAUCCCCAAAGCGCCUCUUAACAACCAGCACAGAAACUUUAACUCAAGCCAUAACUCAAGCCCCAAAGAGAGGUCUCCUUCACUUAAACCUAAAGGAGUUCGCCCCAAAAUCAUUACCUACAUCCGGAAAAAUCCUCAGUUCAAGCCUCAAGCUGCUGACGGACAUUAUCAGGUAUCUUCUCUACCAGCAAGGUUAUCAGCAUAUCCACAUGGUGCAACACUCGGUUCCUUCAAAGACACACCUAUAGACCUCUCUAAGCUUGACAAAGAAACCAGAGGGGUACCAGUGCUCAGUGCCUCCAAUUUGCUUUAUGACAAGUACCGCAAGGAGGUGCAAACCAACAUAUUCCCGUCAGGAUUAAUAAGUAGGAGUAUCCAUGCCCCUGGUCAUACAAACACUGUUACACAUACACACCCCCACAGCUAUACAGCACCCCCAAAGCUUGGCAGCAAAGCAGGGGACUUCUAUGGAGCUCAGCCCAAGGUCGGGAGAUCUACCAGUUUCAAAGAGACUUCUGCAGAGGACCCACUGCAGAUCCGGACAGCUGCUCAGGCUGGAGGCAGUGGCAGUCUCUUACGCUCUGGCCGAGGAAUGCGUUUAGGUCUGGGAGCGGUCACAAGGACAGCUUCAGGCUCAGUCAAAGGCAAAGAACCUGGCCAAAGUCAGAGGUCGGCAAUCAGCCAACCAAUCCAACCGGUCAUCCCAGCAGCUAGCCAGAAAUGCCAAGAUACAGCAGCUGAAGAUGAGGUUUUCACCUAUCAUCCACCUGCCCCUGAAGCACCGGCAUCAGCGCAGGAGCAGGCCGUGACUUCCAGCAGGUCUCUGCUUCCUAAAGCAGCAAACCAGUCAGGCCUACGUCCGCCUGGCUUCAGCUCCACCCGUCUGCCCGUGGGCCGCCUGGCAGCGUUUGGCUUUGUCAGGAGUUCUAGUGUGUCCUACGUCUCCUCCGUUCGCUCUGCUGACAGUGCACGGAGCGACCCAGGCAGGACGGUUCACUGUCUUAGUGUGAGCGAGGAGCCACCUCUGCACAGAGUGACCGGCAGCCCUCCCUCAACGGACCACCAGAGAAGUGUGCCGUGUCGCAGCAACAGCCUUCAGCCGCCGUCCACCCCAGCGCUGCCACGCCGAUACCUGCCCGCCCAGCCAAGAAGCUCUCCUGGAGUUGGCAGGAAGGAGUUUCAACGGAGUUCGGAGGCCACGCGCUCACUUCCGUCCUCCCCAAAAAGGCUGGCAGUGGUUCCUCCCAAACCUCAGUCCCCAGUUCAAUCAGGGCAGCGACCAACAGGGGGGCCGACUCCUCGGUCAGCAGGCCCCGCUGGUUCCCCUAGCCGCGUGCCCCCCUUGAAGUUGCAGCAAGAGAAGGACGCAUCCCAGCACGCAGAUGAAGCGAGGAAAGCAGAGGAGAGGGGAAAAGAGGAACAACGGGAGGAGGUGGCGAGGCUGCGAGGACGCUGUGAGGAGCAGGAGAGGCAGCUGAGAGCCCUCAAAGAUGAACUGAGGAAGACCUCUUUGGGUCUAGAAGUCUUCAUCGUCACUACUCAACAUUAUUUCCUGAAGAAUCAAACUGCAGAAGAUAGUGAAACUAAAUUGUUUUUGGAAAUACAAACGAUAAAAGAACAACUAGUGUCCAACUCCACACACUGGGAGAGACUCAAGGUGGAAAAGUUUGAGGUGGAAGCGGCAUUCGAGCAAGAGAUGCAAGAGCUGCAGAAGAAGCAGGACGCCGAGAUGGCCACCAUGGAGGAGAGCCUUCGGAAGUGUCACUCGGUGGAGACAGAAAACCUGAAGGCUGAGCAUCAGUCGGAAAUGGAGGAGCUGAGGACCCAGCAGCAAGAGCAGGUGGAGGAGAUGACAGCCCACCACAAGGCAGCUAUUCAGGAGCUCAGAGACAUGCAUAAUAUAACCAUGGCAACGCUGCAUGAGGAGCACGCCCGAACCAUGAGAGACUUAAGGAAAGCUCACGAACAACAGAAGAUUCUCCUGGAGGAGGAUUUUGAGAAACUAAGGCUAUCUCUACAGGACCAAGUGGAUACACUCACAUUUCAAAACCACAGUUUGCGGAACAAAGCCAAGCGCUUUGAAGAGGCCUUGAGGAAGAGUACGGACGAACAGAUAGUUGAUGCCUUAGCUCCAUACCAGCACAUUGACAAGGAUCUGAAGAGCUUAAAGGAAGUUGUGGAAAUGAAAAACCAGCAAAUACACCAGCAAGAUCUAAAGAUCUCCGACCUAGAGAAAGUGCAGGCUAAAAAGAAUGUAUACCUGGAGGAGAAGGUCCAGGUCCUGCAGCAGCAAAAUGAAGAUCUGAAGGCACGUAUCGAAAUGAACCUCACAUUAUCAAGGCAACUGUCAGAGGAGAACGCCAACCUCCAAGAAUCCGUCGAAAAAGAGAGCACAGAGAAAAUGCGACUCAGUCGGAACAACGAGGAGCUGCUGUGGCGUCUCCAGACCAGCCCUGUGAUGUCUCCCUCGUCCUCCCCCCUGCACUGCUCCUUCUCCACCUCCCCUAUCCCGUCAUCCCCGUUGUUCUCGUCCUCCCCUGUUCCUCCGGUGGGAUGCCACUCACCCACCCACUGCCAGGGCUGCCCCCUGCAGUCGCAGACGUCGUCCCCAUUCCAUACAGCCAAUCACAAUUACUCCCCUGGCCCGGCCACACCCACUCACAGAGCGGCAACUAAUCAUAAUUACUCCCCUGGACCGGCGACACCCAAUCACAGGGUAGCAGCAACCAAUCAGAAUUGCUCCCCUGGUCCAUGCACACCCACUCAUAGGGCAACAGUCAAUCGCAAUUCGGCAGCUUUUCUCACUUUGCAGAGAUAAAAACGUAAAACCUCUUUCUACUGUUUUUUAAUUUUAAUUUUUAUAUAGUUUAUUGAUGACUUCUCAUCCCUUACUGAAUGUGAAUGACGUGUCAUAAAGUCAUAUUAAAUAUACACAGUAUAAUGUAAUUUAGUGACACAAAUAGUGUGAGCAUGAAGUCACUUACAGAGACAGAAAGCACUCAACUGACCACGUUACCUACGCUCCCACUGGGAUUAGUUUGUAAACUGUGUUUUGUAAAAGAUACAUCCCCCCGAACAAAGCGCCUCACUUCUGUCAUCUCACCAACAGAGGUACACCAAUUUUUAUGAGGGAUUUGUCAUUUUUAAUUGGGUUAUAAUAUAAAAACACUAAACAAAUCACUGAGGGGUAACCUACAACAGCAGUUUACUAUGUGAUUGCGUUUACUUGACUUAUUUGUUUUGCUACUAAAGCAUGCAUGCAAUGUGAAUGUCUUCCAGUCCUAUUAUCGCUGUGGGUUGUUUCUUUAUUCAGCUCUUUAUGAUGGAAAUAGACGGUAGAGAGGACAGUCUUGUGAUAUAAGGGCCAAUAAGCUAUUUACAGUAACUCACAAAAGUGAUUGCAAUCUUCACAUUUCAAGGGACAAUUCUAAAGAACUCAAACUUGGAUGUAACUUAAAGAAGUUAGUGUACAGAGUCAUGUUCCGUCAACGUACUACAGCUCCCCCUUGCAGGUAGCACUCAUGCAGCCCCAGACCAUGACAAUCCCUGCGGAUAGUGCCAUCAAACUUAUUUCUCAUGAAGGAGAAAAUUUAGUGUAAUCUAAUCUAUUGUAAUACUCUAAAGCAGUGCUAAAUCCGGCCUGGGAACGACACCAAACCAAAGUUCAGUUCAAUACUUGGGAGAUAAACAUUUCUGCUUAGCAAAUCUCUGCAAAACCCUAGAGUGCUCCUGUUGUAUAGAAGAACUUGGACCACCGUAAACACAUUGGAGCAUUGUGCACUGACAUCUCAACCUCGUUAGCGGACCUAGAACACUGAGGUCCAAACUUGUGAUAACUGAGGUGUUCCUCACAGCACCCCUUUAAGUUCUCUCCUUUUUGGCAGUUACAAUUUUUUUUAAUGUGAUGUAUGUAACUGAAGUGUAGCUUGUUUACUUAAGAUGCAGUCAGUAGUCAUUUGUCCAACUUUUUAGUUAUACUAGUAGUGUUCCUCAAGGUUCCAUUUUAGGUCCUCUCUUUUUUAUCAUUUGGGUUAUUAUAUGUGGCCCCACAAACUAUUUAGUUGAAUAUCCUUGCUUUACGUAGAGUUAGGAGCAUGGGCCUCAAACUCACGGAACGCAGUCCGAUAUUUUGUGCCGCUCUACUUAAUUUAAUAGGUUAUUGAAAUUGUGGCCCACGUUAAAUAUAUUAUAUCAAUAAUGGUGCAGACACAAAAAUUACAGCAAAACAAACACAAAGAGCAACUUCUAGUAAGAAAGUGGAAGUGUCUCUGAUUAUCUCCUGGGGAAUUCAACAGUGUCAACAUAUGCCAUUUUUACAUUACAUUUUAAAUUUGUAAGGUCUACAAUAGAUCGGGGUCACGAUAGCUGCUGGUAGAAGUAAUUAACACAUUUAGUCACGUGGUUAAAACAAGAUUCUGAAGUGAUUACUUUGUGCGGCUCAGCCUCACCCAGACUCUACCUCCAGCAGCCCGCAGUUUAAAUGUAGUUUUAGACCCCUGGUCUAGAGUAUAUCCAAGUUUAAUUUCUAUAUCAUUGUGUCUUGAGAAGCUAUACUGCAGAGGUGUGGACUCGAGUCACAUGACUUGGACUCGAGUCAGACUCGAGUCAUGAAUUUGAUGACUUUAGACUCGACUUGACAAAAUGUAAAGAGACUUGCAACUCGACUUAGACUUUAACAUCAAUGACUUGUGACUUCACUUGGACUUGAGCCUUUUGACUUGACAUGACUUGCUACUUUCCCAAAAACCCAAAGCUUAAAAAGUUAUUUGGGAGCGCUCCGUAUCUUUCAUUUUGUACGUGUCUGUCUGUCUAUCAGCGUGUGUGCUGCCUGUCAGCUGGUGUGCUGUCAGUACAACAGCCAAUCAAAUUAGUUAUACGUUGUUUUCAUCACACAGCAUUCAUCCAAUCAAAUUGCAGGACAACCACCGAACAAGAGUUGUCAAACAAUGCGGCAGAGAGAAACAAUUAUGCCAAAGUUGGUUUCGUUCGGGUAUAAAAACUACGACUUGGUCAACAAAAAACGAAUUGCGUAUGCAAAUCACGCAGUUCGAAUAUUACAGACGGAGACGCAACAACUUCCAACUUCGUUCGACAUUUGAAGUUGCCCAAAGAAGGGUCAGUUUUGAAUGUAAUUGGCUAAGUAACAUGACUUUUAUUUGCUGUGUAGUUAAAUCAGUGAGGCUGUAAACUCACUGCUAACGUUAUAACCAUAGACAUGUUUUAAGGGUACGCAGCAUCGAGCGCUACUGCCUACUGGCGCAGACGAGACGCGGGGCCGCCAUCUUGGAGUGGUGAUCCGCUCCACUCAGUGCAAUUCAUUUGUCAGGAGCAAUGAACUGUCAGCGCAUUUAAUUCAUUUUACCUCACUGAAUACCACUGAUUUUCACGCGGUUUUUUGUCAUACGUGUAGCUAUGAUAACGGACACAUGUUUUGGCAAGUUUUAUUAUUCAUAGUUUGCUUAACAGUAAUAUAAUAUUCUUAUACGCUAUAAGUGACCAGACAUCCGAGAUCAAAACUGGGAAUAUAAUCCCAGAGAAGGGGGAAAAAACGGUAAGCUAUUUUUAAAUUGAAGAAACAAUAUGAUUAGGUUAUAUAUACAUGCGUAUAUCCUACAUAAACAAUGUAUGAAUACAUUAGAUAUCUAUAUAUCUUAGGGACCUAUAGACUGUAUCUCUGUUGCUGCAGCAGCAGAGAGUUUAUUCUGUCUUGACACUUUGUAUUGAUAUUUUGUAUAACAUUCUUCCCUUAAAUGAUCAUGUUUACAGUGAUUUUUAUAUAUGUAUUUUUUAUGUAUGUCGCUUUGGAUAAAAGCGUCUGCCAAAUACUUAAACAUAUAUAAACACCUGAAAGUCUUUAUAUCAGCUAAAACCACCAAUCUGUUUCACUACAUUCAGAAUAAAACCAAAUGCUGUUUUACCCAACAAUGUUAGUAUUUGAAUAUUGUUACUUGAAGACUUAUUCCUGGUUACAAUUAUACUGUUAAGAAAGUAUUGUCUUAUAUUUUGCCUAAAAUGAGAAUGCAUCAUAAUCAGUGGCGGCUGGUGAAUUUUGUUUUAGGUGGGGCUGAAAGUUUGUAAACCAAACCCCUGUAGGGGGGUCAUCCUCCCCCAGAAGAUUUAUUUGUGAUUUUCACAUACAAAUAUUGAAGAUCUUUGCUCCUUCUCAACUCUGUGGUAAUAUUAUUUUCAUAAAAUACAACCAAUAGUAUGUUAAUGUUUGUUUUUGCAAAUGUGUUUCUGUAAAGGAAUGAGUUAAAUGUUUAAAAUUGUGUAAACUAUUAAAAUUACUGUUAAUAGUGCUAUUAUGAAUUGCAAUGUCAGCACUAUUUUUUUUCUUGCAAUUUCAAAUGCACUUGUUUUAAUAAAUAAAUACAGCGUUUUAAAAGCAUACACAAUCUGUGUAAAAAUAUUAGUCUGUGGUUAAAAGGACUUGAAAGGACUCGAAACUCAAAAUGCAGGACUUGGGACUCGACUUGAGACUUUCCAGUCUUGACUUUGGACUUGACUCGGGACUUGCCUGUCUUGACUCGGGACUUGACUCGAGACUUGAGGGCAAAGACUUGAGACUUACUUGUGACUUGCAAAGCAAUGACUUGGUCCCACCUCUGCUAUACUGUAUAAACAUGCUUGCUGAAAUGUGAAGGAUCCACUCACUAUUGGGUGAUACAGUAACUUAAAAAAGGGUAACAUUUGUUAGCUUUUACCUCCUAAUAAAAUAUACAGCAUUUUAAAAUCGUUCUAAAAUAACAGUUUAGUUAAAAUGUUUUUCUUAUUGAUGUAUUGUUUGUUUGUGCGAUUAAAACUAUUCCAUAUAACAUUCAGGGAAUUGCUUUUUCAAAUGUAACAAUAUUUUAUUUGCAGAACUCACUCUCAGUUUUCGUCUACUAUAUAAAAAGCAAUAGAUUAGAAACCAACAAAUAUUGUAAUGUACUCACACUUCGGCCUCAGGGUCCGCAUGGAGCUGCUUUGACCACGUGGACAUCCUGAUUUCCAGUCGGUUUACGUGAAUGGUGUCCUGAUAAAGAACGUAAUUGCAUGAAAACAAGCAAAUGUAAAUAAAUAUUGUCAGACGAAAGGUUAUGUUGUACAGUUAGACACUAUCAGCAAGAGAGACAGAGGAAGGAGGCACUAUACUGUGGGGGUUCUGUUACGGCAUUUAGCAACAUAAUGUUAUUUUCAAGUUGCACUUUUUUUCAUCAGAAACUUUCGAGUUGAUGCUCAUAACCAGCACUUUUGAUGAAGGCUCUGAUAAGCAAAUUACAUGGAACCUUCAAGGUUUUUCUUUAUUCUAUUUCUACGGUUGGUAGACAGGGUUAAACGGUCUUAAACAAAAGGAAUGUCAAGUACAACACAGCAUUUGCAAGUUUGAAACAAGUUUCUAUGAUUGUUUUUGAUGAUUUUCAGAAUGUCAAUUGUAAAAAUAAAAAUAAAAAUAAAUUAAAAAAAACUGCCAGUCACUCUGCCAGUCACUCAGUCACUGUGUUUUCAAAUGUUUAGACUUCUACUUCAGGGUCACUUCAGGUGUACACAAACACAGUUUACAAUAUUGCAACAUGAUAAAUAACAGUAAGCAGUUACAGUAAUGAAAAUAACACUAAUGCCACACAAAAAUGUGUCCUGUGGACAUCUGUGUCUCGCUCUGCGCUGAAUGUGAAAAAUGUACUGACUGUAUUUUAUAUCAUUCAUGUGAUUUGAUGAAAAAUAAGAGACCUCUUGUAUUGUAGCAAGCAGCCAUUUAUAUGUCAAUAUGUAGCAUUCAGUCCCUACAAAACCACAGGAUAGAUAAAUAAUGGCGUUACAGCUCCCUUUUUUAAAUUGAAUCUUGUGACAAGUAACCCCGUUUGGAUUUGGUCCAGAGGGAAUGAAUGUGUUUGUCUUGGCACUGAUUGUACUGUAUGUCUGAAUGUAAAUACAUUUACACAAGUUGUGUCUUAUAGUGCACGGACAAAGUAAUAGAAGCAUGUUUUGUCUUUGCUUUCUCUCAAAUUGCAUUGUGAUGGUUAAACAUGUAGUUUGUAAAGUGUGGCAGGCCAACAAGUUUAAGAAAGAUAAAUGACAUGUGUCAGUAAAUUGACAUUUGAUGACAAAUGUAUUCAUCUAGGAAUUGGUGCUGCCCCCUCCUCUUGUGUUAGGCUAUAGAGUAGAUUUCCAUACCAAGUAAUAAAGCCUACUUCAGUAUCAUGUCUGUCUGUGUCUUUUUAUAUUUAAAAAAUGAAUAAUAUUGGAACUGGUAUUGACUUACCUAAGGAAGUAUUGACUCCAGACAGUAAAAAAGAAAAAUAUCCUCCAGCCAGGUGUUUGUUGUGUCUCUCAAUUCACGUCCACUACGUCGUCAACCUUUUAAUUCACAACUUCCAGCAAUAAAAGUGGUUUAAUUCACCGUUUUAUU